AUGCAGCUGAUCACGUUCAUCGAUCCAGUCCCUCAAUCUGAAGGUAUGUACUACGCAACAAACAACCCGUACCAGGUGAGUGGACCGAAAGGGUUUACCGAGUUCAAGUACAUUGAAGGGACGAUGGAUCUGUUCAUGAGGGUUGAUUUCCCAGGAGUCAUCAGAGAGAGUGUUAAGACCACUGUCAAGGGAUCGGACAAGAAGGCUGUUUUCGUCUCGGGAAACACACCGAAAGAACUCACACACGAUUCUUCCGAACCGGAAAUUCGAAACCGCCACUCGACUUGUCUAUGA